AUGGCCACACUAUAUAAGAACAUAGGGGACAGAGGUGAUUGUAACAACUACCACAGUAUCUCUCUCCUCAACGUUGCUGGUAAGAUCUGUGCUCGUGUUGCUCUAGCUCGCCUUGAAGCUAUAGCUGAAAGCAUCUAUCCCGAGUCCCAAUGUGGAUUUCGUUCCAACAGAUCCACAAUUGACAUGAUCUUCUCCUUACGGAAAAUACAGGAAAAGUGCAGGGAACAGAAUCGGCCUCUUGUUAUCACUUUUAUAGAUCUCACUAAAGCGUUCGAUCUGAUCAGCAGAGAUGCACUACUCAAAUAUGCCUUUGGAUCAUCAACUGAGGGAGUCCACCUGCAUUCAAUGAGUGAUGGAAUGUUGUUCAAUCUUGCAAGGUUGAAAGCCAAGACCAAAACACGUGCUGUCUCAGUUAGAAAUCUGUUGUUUGCAGAUGAUGCUGCAUUUAUUGCACAAUCAGUGGCACACAUGCAGAAGCUUGUUGAUCGUUUUUCUGAAGCCUGCAAUGAUUUUUCUGUUACCAUAAGUUUAAAGAAAGCACCUUGCUUUAUGGUAGUGAGAGUUGGACAGUUUAUGCAAAGCAUGAGAAAUCUAAGGCGGAUCCUAAACAUCACUUGGGAAAAUAAAGUUACCAAAGUUGAAGUGCUAUCAAAAACAGGCCUCACAACUGUACAGUCUAUGCUGAAAAAGAGAUUACGAUGGAUUGGUCAUGUGAGAAGAAUGCCCAAUGAUAGAAUCCCCAAAGAUAUACUAUAUGGAGAACUAGCACAAGGAAAGAGAGAAAGAGGAAGACCAAAACACAGAUAUAAAGAUCUUCUGAAAAGAGAUAGGCCUAUUAAGGCAGUCAACAUCCCUGAAUAUAGUUGGGAAAAGAUUGCUGAAAAUAGAUGUGCUUGGAGGAACGCUGUCUACACUGGGCUUCAAAAUUAUGUUGAACAUUAA